AUGCCGUCCCCGACGUCCUGCCUCCUCCUGAACCCCUCCAAACCCUCCUCCUUCCGCCGACUCUCGGCCCCGGCCCCGCACCUCCACGCCCGCCGGUUCCAUGUCUCCUGCGACGCGCCGCGGGGCAGCGGCAGGAGUGGCGGCGGGAGGCGCGAGGCCAUCCCCACCGGUGCCAGCAAGGCCAAGAAGCAGAUCGUCUUCUUCGACGCCGCCCCUCCGGUGUCGCAGGAAGGCGGGGCCGCCGUGGAGAAGGCGGGGGGUGAGAAGCCGACGACCAAGGUGGGCAGCGGCAACGCGGCGCUGGCGUUGGUGAGGAGGGCGACCAAGAGGACGCUCGCGGUGCUGUCCAACCUCCCGCUCGCCAUCUCCGAGAUGUUCGCCAUUGCCGCCCUCAUGGCUCUAGGAACGGUCAUUGACCAGGGAGAGGCGCCGAGCUACUACUUCGAGAAGUUCCCCGAGGACAACCCUGUCUUCGGCUUCAUCACGUGGAGGUGGAUCCUCACCCCCGGGUUCGACCACAUGUUCUCCUCGCCGGUCUUCCUCGGCCUCCUCGCGCUCCUCGCGACGUCCCUCAUGGCGUGCACCUACACGACCCAGCUCCCCAUGGUCAAGGUCGCAAGAAGAUGGUCGUUCACACAUUCCGGAGAAAGAAUACGGAAGCAGGAAUUUGCAGACUCUCUUCCUCGAGCAUCCAUUCAGGAUUUGGGAGUCAUCUUGAUGGGUGCUGGAUAUGAGGUAUUCACCAAGGGGCCAUCUUUGUAUGCUUUCAAAGGGCUGGCUGGUCGGUAUGCGCCUAUCGGCGUGCACUUGGCGAUGCUCUUCAUCAUGGCUGGCGCCACGCUAAGUGCGACAGGAAGCUUCAAAGGCUCCGUGGAUGUGCCUCAAGGGCUGAACUUUGUUAUAGGAGAUGUGAUGAAACCUAGAGGGGUCUCUCUGUUGCACCGGAUGUUUUCAAUACUGAAGUCCAUGUCAACCGGUUCUACAUGGAGUACUAUGACAGUGGAGAGAUCAAUGCUUGCUCGAGAUUUGCAGUCUAUCGUGUUGUAUGAUCAAGAGGGUAAGUUUGUAGGGGUCCGUCGGCCAAGCUCGAAACUGCCUAUUGAGAUCAAUGGCAAUGAAAUACUCAUUGAAGAUGCUAUUGGCAGUACUGGACUGGAUCUUAAGACUGACCCAGGAGUUCCUAUUGUUUACGCUGGUUUUGGUGCGCUUAUGUUAACGACCUGCAUUAGCUAUCUUUCACAUUCUCAGAUAUGGGCAUUGCAAGAUGGAAGUACAGUAGUCGUUGGAGGGAAGACAAAUCGAGCCAAACUUGAAUUUUCUGAAGAGAUGAACCGGCUACUUGAUAAAGUACCAGAGCUGAUCAGUGCCGAUGAGAAUGUACUAAAUACCAAAUCGACUGCUACAUGA